UUUAAGGAAGGAGCAACGUGGUGGAUAGUUAGAAAAUGGAAAUGUUUUACAAUGAUAAUAAAGUAGCAGCUGAACAGGAAAGUAAGGGAAAUACUGACAUUCAAAUGGUUAUGGAUCAGAAACUCUCAACGGAAGGUCGAAAUUUCAAGGAAAGAUUUCUAGAUAGCAAUCAGAUGGAGAUAGUUGACGAAGAGCAUGAAAAUGACAAAUGUAAUGAUGAUGAGGUCGUGGAAGAUGCGCUAGAAAGGACAAUAAACGAAGUUGCAGAGACAAGUUUGCAAAGUGCUGCUGUUGAAGGAGAGGAUCUGACGAAUGAAGAUUCGAAGAAGAAAGGCAAAUACGACUGGGAUGCACCGAUUGUUAAGGAUAUUGUCCGACGAGUUAAAAAUCAUCGAUUAUCUCAUGCCAAAGCAGCUGAACAGCUCUCUCUACUAAUGGAUGCAAAAGUAACAUCUAUUGGAGUUCGGUUACAAGUUGUCAAAAUGGCGAACGAUGAAGCGCUUGCAAAGCAGGAUCAGCGGAGCAGCUGCGUAAAGACAUUCAAAAAUACCAGUUCCUCCCCAGGUAAAGUUACAAGCAAAGUAGCAGAUGCAUCAGCGAGAGGACGUGAGAGUAGAUCACCCGUUUCUUAUCGUACCAGAAGCAAAACUGGUGUCAAACAAAGUGCAAAUAGCUCACAAAGUAGGAAAUCGGAAAAUGGUACGGAAAUUCACGUUACACCAUCAAAUAUGGGCGAGGUUAACAGUCAGUGUACCGGGGAUACUAGUAAUGGAAUUAGUUUGCCAGUGAAAACAAUGCAGAAUGAUGCUGCAGAUAAUCAGCUUUAUUUGCCUAUCAUCAUUUCACAGCCAGCAUCCACAGCAACAAUGACUACGAAAAUGGUACCACCAGUCAUUCGGCUUUUGGAUAACGAAGGGAAAUUGACACAUAUUGCGGUUGCUGAAAAUGGUAGCUACAAAUUAUAUCGUGUCAAUGAAGGAGGUGCAAAUGCCGAGCAUAUGCAGAUGGUUAAUCAAGCUAUGUCGACUGGUACUGCUUCAUCAAUUACUGUAUCUUCUGCAAACAGUAUGGCUGCACCGGGCACCCAGGAAACGACGAAGCCGGAAAAAAAUAUGGCUCCUAGUUGCAGUGCGAAUUAUUACAUCGAGAGUGUUCCAGCGCAGCAAACUUUGGGAGCUCUGGUGGGUAUACCGAAAUUCGUCAAUCCGCAACGCUAUGGUGGAAGUAAUGUAUACACCAGAACAAUUGGACCUGUAGGCGCAACUAGUACCACGCCAUGUUCAGUCGGAAUGCGGUCUCGAAGUGAAAUAAAAGAAGAAGUUAAGAGAUUGAUUCGCUGCUUGAAAUCUCAACAUAUUACUUGUGAAGAAGCUGUGAAACAACUAUUCGAAUUUGUUGCGCUGAAUCCAUCAAACAUUAAUUUGCCUGCAACAAAGCAAAUGAAUGAUGCUGACGAAAACAAGCAAAAAGGAGAUAACAGUGUAGAUUACGAGACAACAUUGCAACGCGAAUGUAGUGUUGAAGAUGGAAACGAACCGUAUACAAGGCUAGUUGAUGAGCAAGGAAAUAUGAACAUUGCCAUUGUGGAAGGUGAAGGUUAUCGUGUCUAUCGGUUGAAUAAGACAACGCAAAAUCGCGAAUUAUAUAAAUGCACCGAUUGUGAUUUAUUACAUAGAACCAAAAAAGAUCCAAUUGCGAUAGUUGAAAUUGUCGAUAGCAUAUUGGUUGGUGACAUCCAUCCUUCACAUCAUCCAAGGUGUCCCUUGCAAACGCUCUCAGUAAAAGAUUGCGAACAAAAUUCGAUGAGCGAUGAACGAGAAUCUUUGUUAUUCCCUGAAGCGACAACGGAUGUCGAAGAAAGUCGAAGAGGAGGCGAAGCAAGAAAAAGUAGUAGUGCAAAACGUGCACCAAAGCAAAAUAGUCGAAAAAAUCGACAAGCGACGAAAUCACCGGUUAGAAAAAGACCUCAUAUUGUCCCGGAACGAAGUUUGGGAAUGACAUUAAGAAAACGAAAAGCAAGGACCUUAACAAGUCCGGGGAUUUAUGACUCUGAAGUGAUGAGUUAAAAGUAAAUUUCCCUUCUUUAGGUUUGUAUGUUGCAAUAUGAUUUGAGCAACAAGUAUGUUAUGUGUUCUCAUUCCGUGGGUACUUGAUGAGUUCGAGAAUGACAGAAUUUCUGAUUCACUGGAAUGAAGGAGAAUUUGUGUGAAAUUCAACCUGUACCUAUGGAUAUUGUUUAUUGAGGUUUUAUUUUUGAGCAGCGCGGAAUCUGCAUGAAUAGUUCACAACUAUAAUGUAACUCUGCUAAAAGCUUGCUUUAAAUCCAGUUCAUUUGAUUCCUGUCGUUUUCUGAUGGGGGAAUAGUAAGUAUUCGUGAGAAAGAGUAAAGGCAAAAAUUUGAUAUUAUAAUAUUUA